AUGAAAUGCAAGUCUUGGAUCAUCAAUUGUUUUUCAAAAUUAAGUUCAAACAGUGAACACACUACCUCCACACCAUUGAGAGUAGAUUUUCUGAACCAUUCACUGAACAUCUUGGCAGAUGGAGUGAACGAAUUUAUUUACCUCACGCCUGAAACAUACGUCAUGCAAUCAUCUCUUCAUUUAGGAAUUUUAUCAUUUGAUUUCUGUCAUCACGGCAAGUGGGUUUUAAGCUUUAACGAUGAACCAUCUGUAAUGGAUUGCAUCGAAACAUUGAGGAAAAACGAUAUUAAAGUGACGGACAUUCAGAAAUUGUUAUCAGAAAGAGUGCACUUGGAAGACACCAUAAUCAAAAUGGUAACUGAUGUAGGUUUUCCAAAUUUUGUAGCUGAAGUGGAAAAUGCCAUGAAAAACAAAGAUGUUUGA